UCGGUUAUACACAAGACUCGGUUGUCGCACGGUUAAACAAUAUAUUGACUGCCACGCUCCUUCACGCCUACCGACACGUCACUUACAGACGAACUGAAGGUUUUAAUUAGGAUAACCCAGAGGCGGACUGGCAACAGGAAUUUAGAUUUCACCCUUUGAUAUAUUUUGGCCAGCAAUGAAGUAAAGCAUUGAUUUCGAAACAAUCAUAAAUACAAACCUCAAUCCUGCUAAACCGUAUGGCAUAUGGCAGUAAAACAUUGAAAAAAAGAAAAAAAAGAAGAAACUACAAUUCCCAGGAGUCAGCGCGGCUGCCAGCUGACCGGGGUUUGAUUUCCUUGGCUCAGUCAGUUGGAGUAACUCUCUUACCGCCGCGAAAGAAGAUCACGGUCAUGCUAAUGGGGAACCACUCUGCCGGCAAGAGUUCUUUCAUUAACUGGUAUGUGGAAGAGCACAUCCUGCGGACUGGAGUGGCCAUUGAAACACAAGGCUUCAGUUUCAUUACCAGUGGUCGCAAGAGAGAAUCUCUUACCGGGAAUGCAACUCUACAUCUCUACCCUCACUUCAAACCUCUACAAGAGUUUGCAGGGGUGUCAGAGUACCUCAGCACGGAGAUCUGCACUUCUCGACAGAAGCGCUUCAGUCUCCUUACCUUUGUGGACUCGCCUGGCCUGGUGGAUGGGGACAUGAAGUACCCGUUUGAUGUGGAUCAGGCUCUUCUUUGGCUGGGUAACCUGUGUGACCUUAUUCUGGUCUUCUUUGACCCAAUGGGCCAGGCAUUGUGCAAACGCACCUUGAGUAUUGUGGAGAAGCUGAAUGAGAGCCAUGGUGACAAGCUGCGGUUCUACCUGAGCAAAGCAGAUGAAGCGGGCAGUGAGUCAGACAGACAGAGAGUGAUGAUGCAGAUUGUUCAAGAGCUGUGCAAGAGACCAGGACUCAACAAAUGUGGAUUUGACAUGCCUACCAUUUAUAUUCCAAACCCCAAUAAACCCAGUCGCUGUGUCAAUCAAAUUGAAGACGUGUGCCGGACCAUUGAGAAGACUAUUAACCAGACUGUACAGAACACUCUCAAUUCACUGGAGAAGGACUGCGAGCUCAUCACAGACGCCAUCCGUAACACGCUAAGCAUUGACAGGGAGCGCAGCCGAGAGAAGUGGCGUGCACAGUGUAAGGGCUGCCUGCUCGGCCUGAUGGGAUUCUCCGUGCCGCUAUCGUUGCUGAUGUUACUGCUGCUGGGCAGCCUGUCCAGGGAGACUGUGGAACUAACUUUGGGCAAGGAGGGAACAGAAGCUCUCAGCAUGUACCUGCUGCCUGUGCUGUGGGCAUUUGAUAACUUCUCGGUCCAGCAGCAGUUCUACUUCUGCAGCGGCCUCAUCCUGCUUUCCUUCAUUCUUCUUCUCCUGGCACGAUUCGCUUUCCGCACUCAGCCGACUCUCACUGGAAGACAGAAAAGGCAACUACAGGAGAAGCUGGAGUACAUUGAUGAAGCUGUGAAAAAUAAGAAGAAAACGCUCUAUGAGGACUACCUCCGUCAGAGUAUUGGGGAUUAUGAUAUAGACUCUGUAAAGUGAAGAAAGGAAGAGCUGCCAUAACGAUGGAACUUUCCGCACUGAAGUCUGCUGCCACUCCACUACUCUUGUCCUCUGUGAAUGUUUUGCUCACCAAUUUCCAUGUAAUUUUUGAGAACUUUUCUAGCUAUAUGAAACCAAAUUCUUACUGCUGAUACCUGAAAAACAUACUUCACUUUUAUAACAGUUGUCAAUGUUAAAUAAAAGCAUGUAAAUUCAA